AAUUUUCGACCUGCAGGCUGGGAGAAGGUGAUCGGCAACUCAGUGCGGGUGAAGUUUGUGCUCUUCUUCGAUGCGUCGGAGGAGACGAUGCAGGUGCGGUUGGUGGAAAGAGGGAAGACAAGUGGAAGGGCCGAUGACAAUCUGGAGUCCAUCAAAAAGCGUUUCGUCACCUUCCAGCAGGAGUCGAUGCCCGUGUUGGAGAGCUACCGGCUUCAGGGCUUGGUCCGUCGCAUCGACGCGGAGCAGAGUUCCGAGAAGGUCUGGAGCGACGUGCAAAGGAACUUUGGGCCUCAAGUGAUCUUUGUGCUGGGUGGACCAGGGGCUGGCAAAGGAACACAGUGUGCUCGCAUCGCAGCGAACUUCGGAUUCCAGCAUCUGUCAGCUGGAGACUUGCUGCGCGAGGAGAGAAAGAGGCCCGGAUCAGAGCUGGGCGAGUUGAUUGAGAGCCACAUCAAGGAGGGCAAACUGGUCCCCGUAUCCGUUGUGGUGCGUCUACUGCAGAAGGCCAUGGAGGAACGAGGAUGGGAGGAUGGCAAGUACCUCAUCGAUGGCUUUCCGAGGAGCGCAGAGAACAUGCAGGGCUGGAACGAUAUGAUCGGUCCCAAGGUAGACGUGAAGUUUUGCAUGUUCUUCGACUGCUCGGAAGCAGUGAUGGAGGCGCGCCUGCUUGAGAGGGGGAAGACGAGUGGUCGCUCUGACGACAAUCUCGAGUCCAUCAAGAAGCGCUUUGCUACGUACCAGCAGGAGUCUUUGCCCGUGGUCGAGAGGUUCAGCAGGGAAGGAGCCAUGCGCAGGAUCAAUGCAGAGCAGGGGCUUGACGAAGUGUGGAGCUGCGUGCAGGAGGUUAUGCACAACGAGCGUGAUGGCCACCUGUUGAACCAGGCCCUGGUUCUCAUCAAGCCGUCGUCUUUCAACAAGGAUACACAGCGAUUCGUGCAAUCCUUCUUCACCACGCACAAGGAUUGUCCCAAAGUCUCGGACAGCCCAUGGGCCAGGCCAGCAGGCUUUCUCUUCAGAUCCUCUGCGUGGCUCUGUGCGACGCCGGUUGUCCUGGAUUUGUUGGAUGACUGUCUGGGCAUGGCAAGGAAGGAAGAGGUCGCUAGCCCAGACACUUCCGCUCGGCGCGCUGUCUCUGGAGGGGGAUUCACAGCAGCCCUCUCGCCUGGAACCGGACUGUCUGGCUCGGAGACCGACAGCACCCCUGCCGAGUGCUGGCCACCUCUGCGGCCGCUGGGCCGCCUCGCGUUUGCCUGGCCGCGGAAGGCGCGCUGCUUCUGGGAAGAAGGACGGGCUGCUGAAUUCCAGGAGAUUCUGAUCAACGAGGGCUUGGAGGAUGCCAUACGAGCCGGACAUGAGGACUUGGAGCAGGACUUCUUGCAGCGGCUCCGGCGCGCUUCUGGGCCAACUCCGAAAGCGGCGGCUUAG